CUAUCUGUACUAAUGUCUGUGUUAGUGUGUGCUGGCUUACAAUAUAGUCUUAUGGAUUAUUUGAUUUACAUGUUGGAAUGAUUAAUUGACUAAUUAUGUAUCACUGCCAGACUUCUUUAAAGGCAACAUUGUACAGUAACUUUGAAAAAUAAAUAAAAGCUGAACAUUAUUCUAACAGUAAUAGUUUAUAAAGUAGCCUGAGUUUGUGACAUAAAAAUGAGAUUCCAGCAACAAGGCACAUAACAAGCGCCAGAAGUGAUUGUGGUUUUCAAAAAAAGAUUCUUAUAAUUUUCAUAAUUAGCUAAAACUGUACUGCUUGUGAUAGAUAUUAAUAAAAAAAAAUGCAAACAUGGAAUCACUUCGUUGCCAUGGUGACGAUGGCCUAUUUCGUCGCUGCAGAUUUCGAUUAUAAUUUUUGCAACACUCGCAUGGGAAUGAUUGAUCCAGAUGGCAACAAUGAACCUCCGCCCGUGUUUUAUGACGACUUCUAUGUAUUUAUUGAAAAAAAGAAUAUGGGAAAUUCCGAGGUGACAAAUAUACGGGAAUAUUAUUCACAGCAUAGUGGACAAGCAUAUGUGAGCUUUGACAGAGAUAAAAGUCUCAUUCAAGUCUGGGUUGACAUCAAGUAUAAUGAAGUCAUGGCGGUACCUAUAGACUCAACGAAGUGCACGGACGUUCCGUUUGCAGGUUCAGACGAGUACAUGCUUUUUGGCGCCAAUACUGAUGCCAAUGGUGUGACAACACUCAGCGAUCCGUCAAUUGCUCUCCAUUGGGGAGGACCAAACAGAAAGAACAUAUCCUAUAAAGGGGAAGACAACUCGAGAGGUAUCAAAACCCAGAAAUGGUGGACCUGUGAAUACGCUCCAUACGUUGAUGCCACAACAUUCACAGAGUGGCAGAUAGUCGAUCCAAGUCAGUUCAAACUUCCGGUUGUCGACUAUCGUCAGCUGCCUCCAAGGCCAAUUCUGCCAAUUUCCGCUUUUGUCAUUGGCCUGGAUAAGUCACAUCCGGACAAUGUGGUCAAUUUUACAUAUAGAUAUGAUUUUGCUCAUUUUGGAAGAAUACAGCCCGACGAUCGUCAAUUUAGGAUACCACCCAACAUGAUGUGUGCCAACAAACCCAACUCACAAAAACCACUUCCGACCAUACCAGAUCAUUUUAAAUUUCGAGGUGAAAUGCUGACCAUCCUUGGUUACGGAACACAACAACCAGACAGCCCACAGCUGGUUUAUUCGAAUGAAGAAUACAGACACGAACUGGGACUCUACAUACAGGAUGUGAUAUCUCAACCCAAAGUAUUGAACGGUAUUAACAACAAAUCCUUUGUCCGAUUGGUGGAUGACUUUAACACAGGAUUGACUUAUUCGCUUGAUCUGGAGUCAGGCUACUGUGAAGUCAGUGUCAUAAGUGACGGCACUGUUGACGCCAUCCAAAUGGGCAACGGUUUGGUCAAAAUGAGAGACUCGUCUCAGUUCUUUGACUUGGACCCCAAUGCUUAUCAAUAUAUGGGCCUGCAAGAACUAAGGGGUAUAACCUGUGAUGCGUGGACAGCGUAUUUUGGAACGAACCAGUCCAUUCACCAGCAGAAUGCAUAUUACACUUGGUACUUUGCCAAUCCUGACUGGAUGAAACAAAACAGUUAUCUGGAGCCUUUUACCAUGCCUGUAGCUCUGGUGCUCACACAAGAUCAGUCGUACACGCAGUUUAACAUUUACGAGUUCACCACAAUGCUCAACAGAGAUACUCCAGACUUGUCUCCCUGCUAUGACGUCAACAGUGUUAUCAACGUACAGGUUUUCUUUCGAGCUCGGUUCGCUGAAUACUACGUGCCUGCUGAAGCUGGGUUCAAACAAAGUUUCUUAACCAGUUUAGUUCGAGUGACAAGUCUGAAUUCAACAUUGCGUGUAGCAGAUUUAGACGUACAGCCGACAGACGAUGAUAAUAUUGUGGUCAGAUUCAAGCUGCUGGACAAACCGGCCUUUAAAGGGGACGUGGCCAAGAUGCCCGUCAUGGCGCCAAAUGCGCAGGUUUUCCAGGAAAUUGUCAACGCCAUCAAUUCUGGGAAAUUUUACAUCAAUGUCGGAGAAACGGGUAACGCCAUAGUGUACGCCAUCCCAAAUACAGUGGCGAGGAUCAGUAGCCCCCCAAGCAGGAGAACGUUUACGCCUUCCACUUCGUCCACUUCCUCCAGCGGCUACUCCUCUGGAGCGAUGGCCGGAGUGGGAGUCGGCACGCUGGUUUUCGGACUUUUCCUUGGAAUACUCACCAUCUUCUUGGUGAAAAAAUUGUAUCUCAGCAACAAGAAUUCUGACAUGUCAAUGAAAACAUUAUCAUCAGACCAAGAGCCGUCUAAAUUUUGAUGAAAAAAUAAAAUAAAAUAAAGCUUCGUCCAGUAGCCCAGUGUCUUUCACAUGUACAAGACAGUUGUGAAGUAGUAACUUAUGUUAGUGAAGUGUUUGGGAUUGUAGGAGUGAUACUCUGAAUGCUAAACAUAGAAUGAACCAUUAUAACAGUGGAAAUUGCCAUAAUGUGUGAUUAUCAUGCAACCUUGUAUAUAUGUGGAACGACCGUUUUAAUAGAUAUACGAUUUUAAUAGCAAAAACGAGAAACACAAUGGACUGGAUUCCACUGUAAAUGUAUAGUAGAUCUAUAAUUAAUUUUUUAUACGUGUACAAAUGACGGAUGUUUUAAAACUACAUAUCGCCUAUACAUUUAUAAUAUAUCAGGGAUGUAAUUAUGUCUUUUAAGUAUGAAUUUAAAAAAAAAGCAUGUUAUUCGUAAUUUAAAUAAAGAGGAAUGUGUCACUGA